UUAAAUUAGCGAGGAAAUGUAAUUCCUGUUAUCUUAAAUGGCAUCUUUCUUACGAGACCAAGCAUAUCCAAAUUAGCCAGGAAGCCGUCUAAACCUGCAACUCCAUUGUUUCUUCGGAAGCGCUGUUUUGCUGCUCUUUUCGGGUCCAAAACCUGAACCGCAAUGCAAGCAUGUCGCUGACGCCGUGUUUCUUCUUUGUCCGUCGACAAAGCUCGGCCUACAUGGCCGCCGCUCUUCAGAGCAUUAUCGAUUCCAGCUCUCCGUCCCGAGGACAACCCAUCCAUGCCUACAUCAUUAAAUACGGGCUCCCUCCCAACACUAGCGUCUCCAUCAAGCUUCUCAUUCUUCACUUGAGAUGCGGUUCCUUGAAUAAUGCUCGCAAAGUGUUCGAUGAUAUGACGAAGCCGACGCUCUCGGCCUUCAACUACUUAAUUUCUGGGUAUUUGAGAGCUGGAAUUACUGGGGAGUGCCUGAAACUUGCUAGAAAACUGGCAUUUUCCGGAGAGAAGCUUGACGGUUUCACAUUAUCUAUGGUUCUGAGACUGUCCGCAUCUAUUGUUUCAUUUAAUCUUGCAAAACAGACUCAUGCCCAGAUUAUUAAAUCUGAAUUUGGGUACGAUGACUUCCUCUUUGCAGCUUUGAUUGAUUCCUAUGUGAAGAACGGGAUGAUUAGGUAUGCUAGAAGCACCUUUCUUGCAUUGCCAAAUAGGAGUCUCGUUUGUUCCACUGCAUUGAUCGUAGGCUACAUGAGCCAGAAUUCUUUCAGAGAUGCUGAAGAGUUGUUUCGAUGCCUAGUCAAUAAGGAUGAUGUUGUCUAUAAUGCUAUGAUUGAAGGUUACAGCAAAAUCGUGGAAACAGCUUCGAAAUCGUUUGAAGUUUAUAAGGAAAUGAGAUUUGAAGACUAUAAGCUGACGAUUUCUACUUUUGUAAGUGUGAUUGGAGCUUGCUCACUCUUAUCGGCGGUUGAGGUUGGGCAGCAGUUACAUUGCCAAAUCAUCAAGAGCUGCAUAUACUGUCAUGUCAAAGCUGGGAGUGCGCUCAUAGACAUGUAUAGCAAGUGUGGAGCGGUGGAGGAUGCUAGGAAGAUCUUUGACAACAUGUCGGAGAAGAACGUCUUCUCCUGGACUUCGAUGAUUGAUGGCUAUGGAAAGAAUGGAAUAUCAGAUAAGGCUAUUAAGCUUUUUAACGAGAUGAGGACUUGUUCAUAUGUGAAGCCCAAUCAUGCUACUUUUCUUAGUGCUCUAUCAGCUUGCGGGCAUGCAGGGUUGGUGUCAGAUGGCAAGGAGAUAUUUGAGAGGAUGGAGAAGGAUCAUGGUUUGAAACCCAGAAUGGAGCAUUAUGCUUGCAUGGUAGAUCUAUUGGGGAGAGCUGACCGUCUUCUUGAAGCUCAUGAUUUCAUCAAAAGAAUUCCUGAGAAACCAAAUUCUGAUGUUUGGGGUGCCUUGCUUGGGGCAAGCAGGGUUCAUGGUCAUGUGGCCAUGGCAGAUAUCGCUGCUGUGGAGCUAUUCAAGUUAUGCAGAAGCGAGAGGCCAGGGGCUUAUAUUGCUUUGUCUAAUACGUUUGCUGCAGCUGGGAGAUGGGAUGGCGUUUGUAGAGUAAGGGAGCUGAUGAAGGAGAGAAUGGUCUCUAAAAAUGCCGGAUAUAGUUGGGUUGACUCAGAAGAAGUUUUGCAUAGCUUCCGCUCUAGCCAGUGAAAUGGAAAAUCCAGUUGAUGGGCAAAGCUGGAUUUGGCAAAAUGCCUACUCAGCAAGUAUAGCACAUCCCCUUGUUUGGUACUGAGAUAAUUCAAAACGUGUGGUUACCAAAGGUCAAUAUCUUAUCAUCAACCAGAUCCAUCUAUUUGUGUUCAAUCCAUCUUUUCCCUCAUGAUGAGAAGUGUUCAAGAUCAAAUUGUGACAAUUGUGGAGAAGAAACUAGAAAAUUUUUCUUCCAAUUGGAAUGGAAAUGACAGCUUUUCCUACUGCUGCAGUCCCUUCUCAAUGCAGGGAGGAAAUAGCUCCACUUCACAGCUUUAUUUGGUGAAUGAAGUUUUGAUACUCCAUUUUCUUUUUUCGCCAAACUCGUAUUAGAUCCCAUGGGGGACAGCGGAAACAGCCCAACAUGUGACAGUGAUCGCAGCUAGGAAACAUGGAGGGAAUCUCAUGGGGUCUCAGUUUUGAAAUUGGGUGGAUUAAAAACUGAAGUUCAACUCUUCAUUUGGCGUGAACUUCAUGCUAUUGGGAGCGGUUGGACCACUCAACCAGCAACUACAUCGGCUGCUCUGGUACACACUCUUGGGAUGGAUGAGAACAGCAUGGUUAAUUGAGUUUGAAGAUUGAUAUUCCGCAAUUUAAUGUUCACCCACAGAUCGAAGGCUACCUUGAUUGGGAACAUUUAGUAGAGUUCCAUUGGAUAAAAAAGUUAGGUAUGGUGCAUGGAAAUUGAAGGGUUGCGCAAAGGCAUGCUGGCAAUAGCCAGUCCAAUCUAUCAGGAGAGAAGGCCAGCAACCUGUCAGGAACUGGGCUAAAAUGAAGCAACUUAUGUUCGGGCAUUUUUUGUCGUCUGAUGAUGAGAACUUAUUAUAUGUCCAGCACUAGCAUUGCAGAUAAGGGUCAUGAAUAUUUAGUGCAUAUACUGAGGAGCUUUAUCUCUUGAACAUUCAUAAUGAUCUCAAUGAAUCGAACCAUCAGAUCGUAGCUCUCGCCGUAUUGGAGGACUCAAAGAGUCAAUACAGAAUAAGUUGGAGAUGAAUGCCCAUUUUAAUACAAUAUACUUCCAUAAUCUUCUUUCAAAUUAGAAUCAAUCUAAACUUCAAUCACAGAUUUACAAUAAGUCAAUAUGCCCUAAGUUAAUUGUGGGAGAGCAAAAUAAGAAGGAAAUUAUUCUCCAUAAUUUUAAUAAUCUCCCAUUUCAAGAUAUAUCUGUGGAUGUACAUGUUUAGUGGUCUAUAUUUGUGCUUCUAUCUGCAUGACCCUUCAAUAUUUUUAUUUGUGGAGGUUAGCUAAGGCUUUGUUAAUCCUCAUCUUUUCUACAAGUGCUAUCUUUGUAACAUAGGUAGUUAAUUCUCCAAUAAUUUUUACAAGUU